GCUUCAAGCUUCAAUUUGUCAGUCGUGUGAUCAUCAAUACAGUUGCGACCUUUCCGUUGGUAGCGAAUAACUGAUUCGUGAUAUCAAAUGGCAAAGUGCAGUGCCACAAGCUUGGCACGAUGUCGUACAAUUUUCAUUGCCAGUGGGACACCACAAGUUCACGACCCUUAUUAACGAGAUUCCGAUGUUGUCCUAUAAGUAUUUUUCAUGUCGGAACUAGAAGAAUCUCUCUAUGCUCUUGACUGGAGUGACUGUAUAGGAGUUGUAAUCAUUACCCUGAUAAUCUAUGACUAUAUGCUUCAGCUCGAGAAAGAGGUCACGUUUGUUUGGGAAAGACAGAUGUCGGUGAUGGCAUAUCUAUACCUUGUUGUUCGAUAUUUUGGUAUUGUCCUUGCAAUGAUUUUCGGCAUUUGGGGAGGUCUAAUUUAUAUGCCUGAAGCAGUGAGUUACGGUAUACUUGUGUUCAUGCAGUGGGGUCUGUCUGGAUAUUUUUGCUUGGCGGAAGUCAUUCUCAUCUGGCGUCUUUAUGCUCUAUACAACCAAUCCAGGCGCAUACUUUAUGUGCUACUUGGGUUGUUCCUACCUGUCGUCGCGCUAUAUAUAGGGAUGGAUAUAUUUUUGUGGAGUCGACCGUCAGCGGUCUCAGUGCAGGAAAUAGUAGUAACUCCAAACUUGAAGUACUGCGCGGCUUCCUUCCACAUUGGGCCUAUGCCUGCGAUAUAUGCUUCCAUCCCCAUCAUAUGCUACGAUAUUUUUUUGGUUGUUCUCGCCAUUGUCGUCCUCGUGAAGCAUCUGAAAGAACGAAAGGAACUUGAAAUGAAGCCCAACACCUACGUAGUAAUGAUCGUCCGAUAUCAUGUCAUAUACUUUAUCCUGAAUCUGGCAAGUCAAAUCAGCAUAGUGACAUUGUGGGCCAACAUUCCGACAGCGGAGCGGUAUCUCGUAAUAUUGUUCAAGGAUACCGCGCCAUUGAUCAUUGCGCCACGCCUUAUCAUCAGCAUCUGGGAUACGCAUGCCAACGACAACUGCAUCCAUGUCAGUACAACGUUUGAGGAAUGCGUCUGUUGGACUUCGCCACCGGCAUUGGAGCAGCCCGAGAUUGACACCUGCGUGUGAUCUUUCAAAUUGAAGGAGGUAGAGUGAGGUCCAUACUUGCCCCUGACUAGCGUCCGCCUCAAAUACCUAUUCAACUAAAUGCUUGUCUCUAGACUCAG